AUGAGCUCAGUCUUUAUUCCAAAAAAUGCCAAAGUCAAGAAAAUGUCGCUAGAUAAGAUAGCCCAAUUGGAAGACGAAUUGAAGGAAAACCCGCUAGACUACAAGAAAUGGAUAAAGUUUCUAGAUCAAGUAGUGGCAAAAGAUAACCAGGAGCAAGUUCGAAACGCAUUUGAAAAAUACUUGGAAAUUUUCAAAUUUGAUGUAUGUCGUCCCGCAACACCACCUACUAUUUUUUUGACUGCUGCGAAAAAGCUGCUGUUUGCUGUUUGUUGUCCACUGGUGGCAAACUCUGAGAUGUGCAUGGGUUCCACGCUGCAUACCGCAAAGAUCACAGAUAUAUACCUGUUAAUUCACGCUAGACCUGAUGAAAGUCAGGUGCUCUCCCCUCCGUGGCAAAUCCCCCCGCUUCACGCCCCAUUUCCAACCCCCCACUCGCGCUUUUUCUCAGUAGUCGUAGUAGUAGUAGUAGUACGAGUCAUGUUCAACGUUACUAACUUUUUUGAUUAUAGGGAGCCCAAUGGAAUCGGUACAUAAAAUACGAGUUGACACGAGGAGAGAAAAAGAAAACUGAAGAACUCUUUAAAAGAUGUUUUGAUGUCACGGAUAGCGUUGAACUCUACCGCCUGUAUAUCGACUAUGUGCGAAGUAACUCGGACUUUGUCACUGGAGGUGAAAAGGCACGCUCCAUCGUUGUGCUGGCGUUUGAAUACGCUAUAGGCCGGGUAGGGAUCGAUAUCAACAGCGAUGAGUUGUGGCAGGACUAUAUUGCAUUCCUCAGAUCUUGGAACCCCACCGCCAACUGGGAACAGAUACAAAAGACCGACAUGAUUCGAAAAGUGUUUAGAAAGUAUCUUGUGAUACCGACCGAGAGCAUCGAGACCAACUGGACCCAGUACACGAAAUGGGAGAAUGAGAUUAGUCCCGCUACUGCGCAAAAAUUUGUCUCGGAGAGGUCGGCCGAGUUUAUGUUGGCGCGGUCGUGGAACACGGAAUGGCAACGGAUUACAAACAAAAAGCUAAAGAGGUCCAUUUCACCUUAUACAAUGAACGAUGAAAAUGUCGAGCAACAGGCUAAAUACUGGGCUAAUUGGAUCGAGUUGGAAAAGAGCAACUCGUUGGAGUUGAAGGACGACAAUGCUCUUCAGAACCGUAUAAGCUAUGCUUACAAGCGAGCUACUUUUGCUCUUCCAUUUGUGCCUCAAGUAUGGUUUGAAUAUGUAAAGUAUUUGAUGAACACCAACGAGGAAAGUAAUCUAAAUGGUUGCAUCGAAAUUCUCAAGAAUGGCCUCAGCUUAAACCCUAAAAGCUUGCUCCUCUCCUUCCAAUUGGCAGAGUUGUACGAGAAGGAUAAUUCCUUUGCAAAAGCCAAGGUAAUUUUCAACAAUUUGAUAAGUAAGUAUCUGGCGGACUUGGACGUGGUGUCGCAAAACUUGGAUGCCUUAAACGAUAAACUCAAACCAAAAAAGGGAAAAGAAACAGAGGAUGACGACGAUGAUGAAGAGGAGGCGGAGGGCAAUGGCAACCACAACGGAAAAAAUGAUGACGAAAAGAAUGGACAAGGCUUGUCGAAACCUGGUGCAGCUAAUGGAACCCUGAAUGGCAACGGGUUACCAAGUGUCCCUCAUUUGCCAAAUAUUCCCAAUGCCAACAAUCUUUCCAGUGCCUCGAGUCUCCCCAGCUUGCCAAAAGUACCCAAUAAUGGAGGCAGUGGAGGCACGAUAUCCUUGGCCGACUCGAGACAGUUGCAAACGCUCGAAAAGGAAAAGAAACGUCUUGUGGACCUCGUCACUUUGGUGUAUUCUAAAUUCAUGACUGCAAGCAAGAGAGCCGAAGGAAUCAAAGAAGCAAGAAAUGUUUUCAAGAAUGCCAGAAAGUUUGCAUCUAUCGGCUACCAGAUGUAUGUCGAUAGCGCUUUACUCGAGCAUUUUGCUGACAACACCAAAACGGCCAUCAAAGUGUUUGACGUUGGUAUCAAGUCAUUUGCCACUGACGGCGAGUUCCUUUCCAAAUUCUUGGACUAUUUGAUCAUGAUCAACGAUGUCGAUAGACUAAGAAGCACGAUCCAGAAUGCAGACACCACCAUAACCAAGCAAUUGUCGCUGCUUGAAGAAGAAUUGAAAGCUGACGGCUUGGACCCAUUGAGAAGGAGAGAAAUUGAGAAGAAGCUACGUUUACAACAAAGGCAGUUGAAAGCUCUCUACAAAAAAUACAUUUCAUUUGCCGCGGCGCAUCUUUCUCUCGAUAUAGCUAAUAGUUUCACCAAAAAGUGUGAGCAGUUGUUCCCAAAGGAUGACCCGGUCGACUUGUUCACAGAUAGGUACAAAUUGGGUAAGCGCAACUUGAUCAAAUCCGAGGAACUAAACCAAGACGCAUACGAUGAAGACGAGCUGUUGGACUCGCGUCCUGCAAAGAGACAAAGAAGGUCCUCCUUGAGUCUCGACGCGGGAGAGUCGACUUCAGCAGUGAACAGUAUUCAAGAGUCGAGCCGUAUUGAAAAGGAGAUGGCUGAACAAGAGAGGGACCUUGCUCCUGACAACUCCAUUGCUGUCGUUGGUCCCUCGAUAAUGACAUUGAUGACCGUAUUGCCAAACGCGUCAUACUUUGGUCUUCCCUCGGAAAAUAUAUUCAACAGCGAAAAGCUAGUGACGCUUUUUGCCAACUUGCCCAACAUAUCACCAUGA